CUCGCCACGGAUAUUCAGCAGGAUCUUGAGAAAAUUAACGAUAAUUUCAAAUCACCUACCUAUGAAGCGCCUGCUUUCGCCACUCUUGUCAAAAACCUCCCCUCCAUGUUAACAUCUGCAAAGGUUAUUAGCAGAUGGGCUACUGACGUGUACGAAACUUCUACAGUUCUGGUCGAGAAGGUGCGUAUUACCUACAGUCAUUGGACAUUCUACAUGAGUCAACAUCGUCAUGAUGCUCUACAAUCACGACGUGGAGCUGUAUCCAUUGUUGCUGCUUCGAUCCUAGCUACUGCCGGCUACACUGCUAUGCUAGUAGGAGCAUUGCUUUGCGUACUGGCAGCGUAA